AUGUGUGCACUUUAAUAUUAUAAUUUAAAUAUUUGCCUCAUUUUACGAGAGGUCUGCAAAUCUCGGUUACAAAAAUGGAGGUAAACAUCGUGCCAAAAUUUGGAUCAAGGCACGUGCAAGCAAUUCUUUUAUUUUUCCUUUUGGUUAACACCCAUACAACGAGAUCGAAUCUGUCUCUCGCAAUUGUUGCGAUGACAGAUAGAAACGCAACUAGGAAUCCCGAUGUAUCUGUAUACGACUGGGACAAUACAAACAUAAUCCUCUCGUCUUUCGGGUGGACUUAUAUGGUCUUGCAGCUUUUUUCCGGUUAUUUUUUUAAAAAGUUUGGCGUCAAGUGGACCUUGUUCACGGCAAUGCUUUUAAACAGCAUAAUUUUUAUGCUGAUUCCCCAAGCCGCUUGGUGGUUGGGUUCCACGGGAGUCAUUAUUUGUACACUCGCCCAAGGAUUCUUUCAAGGGUUUUGCUUGCCUUGCUGUCAAAGUGCUUUGGGAAGAUGGGCGCCGGUCAGUGAAAGAUCAUUGUUAAGCAUGGUAGCUUAUUCUGGAACAAAUACUGGAAAUUUAAUCGCUAUGGUAGUGUCCGGAUACAUAGCGUCUAGUUGGGUGGGCUGGCCUUUUAGUUUUUACGUAUUUGGUGCCUGCAGCGUACUUUGGUGCGUAAUAUGGGCCAUUUUUAGUUACGAUAGUCCGUCAGAACAUCCGACUAUAUCACCUGUAGAGAGACGAUACAUAGAGCACUCCCUCUCUGAACAAGAAAAUGAACCAAAAAAAAUUGUUCACAUUCCAUUAAAAGCUAUAUUUACUUCCCUCCCUUUUUGGGCAUUGGUGGUAGCUAACGCAGGUAACUCAUGGGGCGAUACACUUGUUCAAGCUGACGUACCCACCUACUUAAACAAAGUGUUAAAAUUCGAUAUAAAAUUGAACGGAAUAGUGUCGGCACUUCCUCAAAUUAUUCAGUUAUUUGUCGUUGUAAUCCUUGGACCCAUCAGCGAUUAUAUUGUAGAAAAAAAAUUUGUAACCUUAACACAAUCACGAAAAUUGGCUCAGAUUUUGGGUUCUGUCAUUCCAUCUGGGCUUUUAAUAUGGCUGGCGUUUGUGGCAGAAAAUCAAAAGACUUUAGCAGUAUGCCUUAUGAACAUAUCACUUGGAUUUCUUGCCGUUGAGCAGUAUGGCUCUUUAAUAAACCAUAUCGACAUAUCUCCUAAAUAUGCAGGCGUUUUGUUGAGUAUUGAAAACUCUAUCUCUACCGUUGUCAGUUUAUCUGCUCCCCUUUUUGUUCAAUACUUUGUAACCGAUUUGACAGAUCCUACUCUAUGGCGGUAUGUUUUUUUGAUUUUCUCCCUUGUUACCUUAUCGACGGCUAUAUUUUUUACAACAUUUGGAUCUGCUGAAGUACAAUGGUGGAAUAAUUCGGAAAAUAAUUAUAAAUCACGAAAUGUUAUUUAG